UAGGUAUUGCCGCUACUUCUUGUAACAAGCAGCUGUAGCCAAUACGAUGUUAUCUAUGUAAAGAAUCGAUUUCAAUUGCUGCCACUUGUGUUUGCUGAUACUCCACUCGUAGGUGGGGCUCUUCUUCUCCACAUCCCCACUUCAACAUCACGACACUCAGUCACGACACGGACAACAUCACCGAGAAAGAGCAAAGGUCUUGUUUCGAUUACACAAACACUAAAAGAAUCUGAUACAACCACGACGACUGAACGAUUGCCUUCCCGCAAACGUACGCUUGGAAGGCAGCAUACUUUCUUCACUUCGAUCCAAAGCUAUUGUGACCUUGUUCUCCACCUAGCUUUUCGCAGUUACUCGUUUGUUUCAGACUUUAAGGAUUCUUUUUCCUGAACGUGCCCUGGGCUCUGGACACAAUUGGAUAUAUCUUUUGACUCUGACAAACCUACAACACCACCACCUUCAACACCGGUAAACACAACCGCCAUCGCCCGCACACCAUGGCAUCACCAUCCCAACCCCACACCCAUCCGGAACUUAUCUACACGCCCCCGCCUUCAACCACAGCCCCGCCUGCUCUAACAGGAAGCGCAAACAUCUCAAUCAGAGAAUACAUAUACUUCCUCCCUUACCCUCUCCCAAAGGGCACGCCGGUCCCCUACACACCAGGCCUCCCGGACACCAACCCACUCAACCUCCCACCGCAUCCAUUCGAGCCCACCAGCACGCUCGUCCUUACCUCGCCAAGGAAAACAUUCGUCGAUCUGCGGUACCGCAAGCCCGUCGCGACCAACGAGUCCCCCCUCCCAAACCACGGUGAGAGGGAGAGACUGGAAUGGGGAUUCGCAGGGACUUCCUCAUCGAGUCUGGCGGAGGGAGGGAGGCAUGAGAAGUACGGAGAGUUUGGCCAUUCGACAUGGACGCACUGGCUAGACUCGCGCUAUCCCGUCGAGCACCCGAACAUUCCUGUCGACGAGGGCGAUAUGUACGCACUUUCCCCCUCGCUGUUUCUCGAGCACGGGCACGCGUUUCACCCGCAUCUCGACCGGGUCGCGGGGCAUGAGGAGCUGUGGCGUAGUGUCGGCGCUUUAUCUACGAAUGCGGAUGGGAGUAAGGUCUGUGUGGUGCUGAGAUAUCAUGACGUAGAGGAAGGGAUACGCGGCGUGGUGAUUAGGACUGGGCAGUUUUGUCAAGGAAUUCUUAUGCACGGGCUGGUUGCUACGACGGAGAGGUGGGAGUUUGAUGUAGAGGGGAAGGAGGAGGGCGGGGUGGGGGAGGAGACGUGGAAGAGGACGGCAAGGACGGGAGAUCUGUUUUUGCCGUGCAGUGUUACGUUUAGGCCGGAGGUGGUGCAGUUGGGUGGGAGGGUGAGGUAUGGAGGGUUUGAGUGGGUUGUUGAGGAGGCUUGGGAGUGGAAGUGA